AGAAGAAGAGAUGAGCGGGCGCAUGCGCACUACUACAUUGCGUUGUUCAAAAGAAAAAAGACAGUAGAAAACAAAGCAACGAUCUGCUUUUCUGUAGCUAACCUCAUACAAGGCUUAGCUUUAUUCCUUUAUUGCUGUCGUUUUUGGUUUUGGUCGUACGCUGAAAACAUAACGGUCACAAGACAGCUGUUCGCUUAGCUAGGUUGUUUUAACGCAAAAUGGCGACAGCGGACGACUCCCGAUUCUACAGUGAACACGAUGAUCGUGUCGGACCCAGGCAUCGCAGGAAAGGCAGGGGACCUUUCAGAGCGCCACUGUACAGCGACCAGAUCUCGAAGCAAAGACAUCGUGGAGGCCAAGGAGGAGGAGGUGGUGGAGGUGGAGGCGGAGGUGGCGGGCCUGGUCCCAGAUCCAGAUUUGAGGACGACGAUGGUGAUGUCGCAAUGACGGAUGACUCUCAUGACGGGGGAUCGCAACGGAGAUUUAAUCCUUAUGGGCGGCCCCAAAAUCGACGCAAUGGUCGAAGAGGAGGAAAGGAUGCGAGAGGAGAUGGUGGUAACCACAGGGGGCGUGGGAACAGGGGAGGAGGUGGAGGAGGCAGUGGAGACGUAGCUGAUGGAGGUGGAGGCCGUAAGAAUUGGUUCAAGAUGACUAUUCCCCAUGGGAAAAAAUAUGAAAAACAGUGGCUUCUCUCUGCACUCCAGAGCAUCUGCACAAUUCCAUUCCAUGCCAUACAGUACCAUACAGAAGGAAACCGAGCACAGUUCUACGUUGAUGAUUCUACUACAGCGCAUGCUUUGGCCAAAGUAUCCAGAAAAAUCACAGACAAAGAUGGAUAUAAGGUAGCAGUCCUGCUGAAUCAGUGCCAGCCUCCGAGCUUACCCCAACAGGACCUGAAGCUAGAGGACCUGGAGCAUUUGAAGCAAUGCAUGUCCAAGCGCUUUGACGGUUCACAACAGGCCCUUGAUUUGAACAACAUCAGAGUUGACCCAGAUUUGGUUUCCUUGAACAUUGAGGUGGCACUUAGCAGGAAGAACUCAAUGCAGGCAGUCAUUAAGAUCAUUGAGGAUAACAUCCCUGAGCUGGUUUGUUUAAACCUAAGCAACAACAGAUUGUACAAACUUGAUGACCUCUCUGAGCUUGUCAGCAAAGUCCCAAAUCUGAAGAUUCUGAAUCUCUCACACAAUGAGAUCAGGACGGAGAGAGAGUUGGACAAGCUGAAGGGGCUGAGGCUGGUGGAGUUGUCACUGCAGAGGAACCCUCUGUGCGAUCACUUUAACGACCAGGCCGACUACAUUAGUGCCAUACGGGAGAGGUUCCCCAGACUGCUCAAACUGGAUGGACAUGAUCUUCCUCCUCCCAUUGGUUUUGACCUGGAGGUUGCUCCUGCCGUUCUUCCUCCAUGCAAGCCCAGUUACUUUGGCUCAGAAGAACUGAAGGGCCUGAUCACUUGCUUCCUGCAGCAGUAUUACGCUAUAUACGACUCAGCAGACAGACAGCCUCUGCUUGAUGCUUAUCACGAUGGAGCAACGUUCUCACUCAUUCUCCCGUUCUCCUCGCAGAACCCUUCCAGAAGCAGUUUGGGAGAGUACCUGAAGGACAAUCGUAACAUCAAGCGAGUGAAAGAUUCCACUACAAGGUUUCGCUUGCUGAAGCACACACGGUUGAACGUGGUCGCGUUUCUGAAUGAGCUUCCCAAGACCCAGCAUGACAUUGCCUCGUUUAAUGUCGAUGUCAACACCUACACUAACACAUUGCUGUCAUUCACGGUCAGUGGAGUAUUUAAAGAAGUGGAUGGCAACUCUCGUGACUCAUACAGAGCUUUCUCUCGUGUGUUCAUUGCCGUGUCCCCUGGAAAUGGAACGAUGUGUAUUGUGAAUGAUGAGAUGUUUGUCCGAAAUGCCACGACGGAGGAGAUUCGGCGAGCGUUUGUCGCACCGGCCCCGACCCCCUCCAGCAGCCCUGUGCCCACGCUGUCUGCCACCCAACAGGAAAUGCUCUCUGCGUUCUCCCAGCAGUCAGGCAUGAAUCUGGAGUGGUCUCAGAAGUGCUUGCAAGACAACGAUUGGAAUUUUGAACGGGCCGGUCAGAUUUUCACAGACCUUAAGGCCCGAGGAAAGAUCCCAGAUGUCGCUUUCAUAAAGUGAAAAUGUUUUGUUUUUUUUUUUUAAAUAAUCAUGUUUUGUCCAAUGAGCUGUAGAACAAGGCUUCGAUUUGUGUUUGUAUCUGAUGUAAUUAUUGUUGAUUUAAAUUACCGGUUUCAUUGUUUUUGGUGAUGUUCUUUCUCUACAAUAUUUACCAGCUACUUAUUCUGUACAAAAAUGUAGUAUAUACAUCACUUCCUUGUAAACUUUCUUUAUGAAUGUUGUUUUGAUUAAAAUUUUUUGAAAAAGUCAAUCAAAA